AUGAAAACCAACGCUCCUGAUUUUCCACAGAAGCAUCUUGACCGUGAGAACGCCAUGGACUCGGAACAAAGAGAGGACGGGAAGACCCUCGCUACGCCGUCGAAAGUUAGAGCUCGUCAGACGCCGAAACAUGAUGAAGAUACAUCAGGCUCAGUGGUUCUUGCCGCUAUCAACGAGCUCACUGAGAAGUUUGGUUCACAAGAAGACCGCAUGAGAGAGUUCGAUGCUAAGCUAACGCAAAACUGUGCGAUGCUAGUUAGCCUCACAAAGACAACUGAGUCUAAUGCAGCAGAAAUUAAAGAUGGCAAAGUAAGGACCACCCAUGGUGACCAUGUGGAUCAGAUGGAUGACCAUGUGGAUAAGAUGGAUGACCAUGUAGAUAAGACAGAUGACCAUGUGGAUAAGACGGAUGACCAUGUGGAUAAGAUGGAUGACCAUGUGGAUAAGAUGGAUGACCAUGUGGAUAAGAUGGAUGACCAUGUGGAUAAGAUGGAUGACCAUGUAGAUAAGACGGAUGACCAUGUGGAUAAGAUGGAUGACCAUGUGGAUAAGAUGGAUGACCAUGUAGAUAAGACGGAUGACCAUGUGGAUAAGAUGGAUGACCAUGUGGAUAAGACGGAUGACCAUGUGGAUAAGAUGGAUGACCAUGUAGAUAAGAUGGAUGACCAUGUGGAUAAGAUGAAUGACCAUGUGGAUAAGACGGAUGACCAUGUGGAUAAGACGGAUGACCAUGUGGAUAAGACGGAUGACCAUGUGGAUAAGACGGAUGACCAUGUGGAUAAGAUGGAUGACCAUGUGGAUAAGACGGAUGACCAUGUGGAUAAGAUGGAUGACCAUGUAGAUAAGAUGGAUGACCAUGUGGAUAAGACGGAUGACCAUGUGGAUAAGACGGAUGACCAUGUGGAUAAGAUGGAUGACCAUGUGGAUAAGACGGAUGACCAUGUGGAUAAGACGGAUGACCAUGUGGAUAAGAUGGAUGACCAUGUGGAUAAGAUGGAUGACCAUGUGGAUAAGACGGAUGACCAUGUGGAUAAAAUGGAUGACCAUGUAGAUAAGAUGGGUGACCAUGUGGAUAAGAUGGAUGACCAUGUGGAUAAGAUGGAUGACCAUGUGGAUAAGACGGAUGACCAUGUGGAUAAGAUGGAUGACCAUGUAGAUAAGAUGGAUGACCAUGUGGAUAAGACGGAUGACCAUGUGGAUAAGACGGAUGACCAUGUGGAUAAGAAGGAUGACCAUGUAGAUAAGAUGGAUGACCAUGUGGAUAAGAUGGAUUACCAUGUGGAUAAGACGGAUGACCAUGUGGAUAAGACGGAUGACCAUGUGGAUAAGAUGGAUGACCAUGUGGAUAAGAUGGAUGACCAUGUGGAUAAGAUGGAUGACCAUGUGGAUAAGAUGAAUGACCAUGUGGAUAAGACGGAUGACCAUGUGGAUAAGACGGAUGACCAUGUGGAUAAGACGGAUGACCAUGUGGAUAAGACGGAUGACCAUGUGGAUAAGAUGGAUGACCAUGUGGAUAAGAUGGAUGACCAUGUGGAUAAGACGGAUGACCAUGUGGAUAAGAAGGAUGACCAUGUGGAUAAAAUGCAUAACCAUGUGGAUAAGAUGGAUGACCAUGUGGAUAAGACGGAUGACCAUGUGGAUAAGACGGAUGACCAUGUGGAUAAGAUGGAUGACCAUGUGGAUAAGACGGAUGACCAUGUGGAUAAGAUGGAUGACCAUGUAGAUAAGAUGGAUGACCAUGGGGAUAAGACGGAUGACCAUGUGGAUAAGACGGAUGACCUUGUGGAUAAGAUGGAUGACCAUGUGGAUAAGAUGGAUGACCAUGUGGAUAAGACGGAUGACCAUGUGGAUCAGAUGGAUGACCAUGUAGAUAAGACGGAUGACCAUGUGGAUAAGAUGGAUGACCAUGUGGAUAAGAUGGAUGACCAUGUGGAUAAGAUGGAUGACCAUGUAGAUAAGACGGAUGACCAUGUGGAUAAGAUGGAUGACCAUGUGGAUAAGACGGAUGACCAUGUGGAUAAGAUGGAUGACCAUGUAGAUAAGAUGGAUGACCAUGUGGAUAAGAUGAAUGACCAUGUGGAUAAGACGGAUGACCAUGUGGAUAAGACGGAUGACCAUGUGGAUAAGACGGAUGACCAUGUGGAUAAGACGGAUGACCAUGUAGAUAAGAUGGAUGACCAUGUGGAUAAGACGGAUGACCAUGUGGAUAAGACGGAUGAUCAUUUGGAUAAGAUGGAUGACCAUGUGGAUAAGACGGAUGACCAUGUGGAUAAGACGGAUGACCAUGUGGAUAAGAUGGAUGACCAUGUGGAUAAGAUGGAUGACCAUGUGGAUAAGACGGAUGACCAUGUAGAUAAGAUGGAUGACCAUGUGGAUAAGAAGGAUGACCAUGUGGAUAAGACGGAUGACCAUGUGGAUAAGACGGAUGACCAUGUGGAUAAGAUGGAUGACCAUGUGGAUAAGAUGGAUGACCAUGUGGAUAAGACGGAUGACCAUGUGGAUAAAAUGGAUGACCAUGUAGAUAAGAUGGGUGACCAUGUGGAUAAGAUGGAUGACCAUGUGGAUAAGAUGGAUGACCAUGUGGAUAAGACGGAUGACCAUGUGGAUAAGACGGAUGACCAUGUGGAUAAGAUGGAUGACCAUGUAGAUAAGAUGGAUGACCAUGUGGAUAAGACGGAUGACCAUGUGGAUAAGACGGAUGACCAUGUGGAUAAGAAGGAUGACCAUGUAGAUAAGAUGGAUGACCAUGUGGAUAAGAUGGAUUACCAUGUGGAUAAGACGGAUGACCAUGUGGAUAAGACGGAUGACCAUGUGGAUAAGAUGGAUGACCAUGUGGAUAAGAUGGAUGACCAUGUGGAUAAGAUGGAUGACCAUGUGGAUAAGAUGAAUGACCAUGUGGAUAAGACGGAUGACCAUGUGGAUAAGACGGAUGACCAUGUGGAUAAGACGGAUGACCAUGUGGAUAAGACGGAUGACCAUGUGGAUAAGAUGGAUGACCAUGUGGAUAAGAUGGAUGACCAUGUGGAUAAGACGGAUGACCAUGUGGAUAAGAAGGAUGACCAUGUGGAUAAAAUGCAUAACCAUGUGGAUAAGAUGGAUGACCAUGUGGAUAAGACGGAUGACCAUGUGGAUAAGACGGAUGACCAUGUGGAUAAGAUGGAUGACCAUGUGGAUAAGACGGAUGACCAUGUGGAUAAGAUGGAUGACCAUGUAGAUAAGAUGGAUGACCAUGGGGAUAAGACGGAUGACCAUGUGGAUAAGACGGAUGACCUUGUGGAUAAGAUGGAUGACCAUGUGGAUAAGAUGGAUGACCAUGUGGAUAAGACGGAUGACCAUGUGGAUCAGAUGGAUGACCAUGUGGAUCAGAUGGAUGACCAUGUAGAUAAGAUGGAUGACCAUGUGGAUAAGAUGGAUGACCAUGUGGAUAAGAUGGAUGACCAUGUGGAUAAGACGGAUGACCAUGUGGAUCAGACGGAUGACCAUGUGGAUCAGAUGGAUGACCAUGUGGAUCAGAUGGAUGACCAUGUGGAUAUCGUACACCGGCUUGGCCCGAAGGAGAACAGGAGAACAUCAUGGUCCAGUUUCCAAAACUACACCAUAGAGACGCAGUUUGGAAGAUGA